UGUUUCUUUGUGCCUUACAGGUGAAGCACAGAGGCCUCCAUCAUGUCGGAUGGAGAUUAUGAUUACCUCAUCAAGUUUUUGGCCUUGGGAGACUCUGGAGUGGGGAAGACCAGUGUACUGUACCAGUACACUGAUGGGAAGUUCAACUCCAAAUUCAUCACCACAGUGGGCAUUGAUUUCAGGGAAAAGAGAGUGGUGUACAGAGCGAAUGGACCGGAUGGAACUGUGGGCCGAGGCCAGAGGAUUCACCUGCAGUUAUGGGACACGGCGGGGCAGGAGAGGUUUCGUAGCCUGACCACGGCAUUCUUCAGGGACGCCAUGGGUUUCCUGCUUCUGUUCGACCUGACAAACGAGCAAAGUUUCCUCAAUGUCCGAAACUGGAUAAGCCAGCUACAGAUGCACGCGUACUGCGAAAACCCAGAUAUAGUGCUCUGCGGAAAUAAGAGUGACCUAGAAGACCAGAGAGCUGUGAAAGAGGAGGAAGCCAGGGAACUCGCAGAGAAGUAUGGAAUCCCCUAUUUUGAAACCAGCGCUGCCAAUGGGACAAACAUAAGCCAAGCAAUUGAGAUGCUCCUGGACCUGAUCAUGAAGCGGAUGGAGCGGUGUGUGGACAAGUCCUGGAUUCCAGAGGGGGUGGUGCGGUCCAAUGGCCAUACUUCUACAGAUCAACUCAGCGAGGAGAAGGAGAAGGGGUUAUGCGGCUGUUGAGACACCAAGUGAGCAUGGCGGCGGCAAUGGUGGCAGUGGUGGCAGCAGCGCCUGGCCCCUGCCUGCCAAAUCCUCUGUAGAGACCAAGCCAGCAUCACGUGCCAAGUGCUGCUCCUCAUCUCCAGUAGAACUGACUCAACAUCCAAUUGUAACUCAUUGCAACUUCAUAUGAUUUAGUCCAUGAAUUGGGGGAACUAUUUCACAGAGCCAAAAGUGUCUUAGAGAAAAAAAAAAAAAAAAAAAAAGCCCAUGGCCUCGGGUCAUUCAGGGAUCCAAGAUUUCAGCCAUGGAAGAUUUCGUGUCAUGUAGAAUGCUGAUGGUCCCGUCGCCUGCCUUAACAGCCAACUGCCUCAACACAGCCCUAGAGUCUCACUGAAGACGUUAAGAUGUUUGGGCAAUGAAAAGCUAGCAUGGUCUAGAGAAUCCAGAGUUCAGAAUCCUUACCGUAGAAUAUCACUCUCACGUGAAUGUUAAUAAGUGUGUACCAUGGAUCAAUGUCUUUCAGCAUUACCUUAAACUUAGCCUUCCCUCUGACAUGAACGUAAACAGAUGGCGGCCAUAUCUGUAGGCUCUGAGUAGACUGGAUUGACUCACUGUGAGUUUGG